GCGGUGCGGGACUCUGGUGACGCUGAGCUGCUGGGCUGCUGUCGGCAGGGAGGCUUAAAGUGACAACAGCAGAACCACAGCGAUCGGAAGAAAUCUUUAAAAUAAUUAUUCGGCCAAUGGAGGAACGAUAAUUUCGACUUCAUAUCGAUAAUUAACAUAAAAAGGUAAUCUAUAAUAUCUGUCGCUGUAAACGCGGAUAUCCGUAUCCAUCUGAAGGUUCCGUCGCGCCUUCUAUUACCGCCGUUGCUAACGAACGGUAGCUAAUCUGACGCUAACAGAGCUAACAGCUAAGCUACAAGCUAAGCUAAGUGUACGGUCGGCUCAGUCGCGGAGGAUUAAGGAGUCGCCCGGCAGCGCUGUUCGAACACCGAGCCCUCCACCAGACAUCGGGCUGAAAGUGAAGACGGACCCCAUCCGACCCCUGACCUCUGCUGCUCCCCCCCCCCCCCCCCAGGACGGGGCCUGCAGCAUGGUGGCCGGCUGGCGUCUGGCCCAACACUGACCAGAGGAAUGAAGGCGCUGUGGGGACUGUUGCCAAGCAGCCUGGUGGACGCAGUAGCUGGGAGUCCAAGUGAUUGUCUAUGAGCGGUUCUGUGUGCGUGGGCACAUCUUAGCACUACCUGCCCACUUCAGGCAGGACCUGCAGCUCUAGUGCGGAGCUGGAAACGGAAACCGAAAGGAACUCGUCUCUGGUGAACGAGGGCAGCGACAUCAGAAGCUGCAGCCACGACAACAAGCAGAAGAAGAAGGAAAUAAGUCUGUCAGCUGUUUGCGGACACGGGGGUCUUCAGCUGCAGGUCCAGCCCAGAGGAGGGGGUCUUCAGCUGCAGGUCCAGCCCAGAGGAGGGGGUCUUCAGCUGCAGGUCCAGCCCAGAGGAGGGGGUCUUCAGCUGCAGGUCCAGCCCAGAGGAGGGGCUAGGGAUCCGGUGUACAUCUGCACAGCAGCAGCCCUGCUCUGACCUGUGUGGUCGCGGCCCCCCUCUCCCUAGAGCGCCCCUGGGUCGUGGUUUUGGAGUUCCUGCGGUCGCAUGGCCGGAGAAUAAUCGUGGAGAGGCCAGGGUAUCACAAGCUUAUGGAUUUUGACAAGAGGGGUGGCAAGGGUGAGACAGAGGAAGGGAGGACGAUGUCUAAGGCGGCGGGCAGCCGGUCCGGGGGCCGGGGCUCUGGGACCAGCUCCGGGGUUCUGAUGGUCGGGCCCAAUUUCCGCGUGGGGAAAAAGAUUGGCUGUGGAAAUUUCGGAGAGCUGCGGCUCGGGAAGAACCUGUACACCAACGAGUACGUGGCCAUCAAACUGGAACCUAUUAAGUCCAGGGCGCCACAACUCCAUUUGGAAUAUCGAUUUUACAAGCAGUUGGGAAGUUCAGAGGGAAUCCCUCAGGUGUACUACUUUGGUCCCUGUGGGAAAUACAACGCCAUGGUGCUGGAGCUACUGGGACCCAGCCUGGAGGACCUGUUUGACCUCUGCGACCGCACCUUCUCCCUGAAGACGGUCCUCAUGAUAGCCAUACAGCUGAUCACCCGGAUGGAGUACGUGCACACCAAGAGCCUGAUCUACCGGGACGUGAAGCCGGAGAACUUCCUGGUGGGCCGUCCCGGGAGCAAGCGACAGCACACCAUCCACAUCAUCGACUUUGGUCUGGCCAAAGAGUACAUCGACCCGGAAACCAAGAAACACAUCCCGUACCGGGAGCACAAGAGCCUGACGGGCACGGCCCGCUACAUGAGCAUCAACACACACCUGGGCAAAGAGCAAAGCAGGAGAGACGACCUGGAGGCUUUAGGUCACAUGUUCAUGUACUUCCUGCGAGGGAGCCUUCCCUGGCAGGGCCUUAAGGCGGACACAUUGAAGGAGCGCUACCAGAAGAUCGGGGAUACCAAACGCGCCACGCCGAUAGAAGUGCUCUGUGAGAGCUUCCCAGAAGAGAUGGCAACGUACCUGCGCUACGUCCGCCGGCUGGACUUCUUUGAGAAGCCCGACUACGACUACCUGAGGAAGCUCUUCACGGACCUGUUCGACAGGAACAGCUACGUGUUCGACUACGAAUACGACUGGGUCGGCAAGCCUCUGCCAACGCCCAUAGGCCCCAUCCCCAGCGACACGCCCGCACAGCCCAGCAGAGACAAAGCACAACAGCAGACCAAGAACCAGGUGAUGAGCUCCACCAACGGGGAGCUGAACACGGACGACCCCGGCGCCGUGCACUCCAACGCCCCCAUCACGGCCCCCACCGAGGUGGAGGUCGCCGACGAAACCAAGUGCUGUUGUUUCUUCAAAAGAAGAAAGAGGAAAGCCCUCCAGAGGCACAAGUGAGCCAGGAGAGGGGUGAGGGCAGGGGGGAGAGAGGGGAGAGGGGGGAGACCCCAGAGGAACUUGAAACAUUCACUGUCCACUUUGACAACAGAAGCAGCAGCAAAGAGGAGGGCACGGCAGCGCCCUCCCCCACGCCUCCCUCUCUCCCUCCCUGCUACACCCCCCCCCCCACCCCUCUCUGGCUCACCCCCCCUCAGGGUGCGGGGGGGUGUUGUGGUUCUACUGACUUCCACACACUGGUUCCUUUUCCAUUUUUUCUACCAUGGAGAGAAGACUCCUGUGCUGAAGGCUGGUGGGGGGUGAGGCUGAGGGUGGGGCUGAGGGUGAGGCUGAGGGUGGGGCUGAGGGUGGGGCUGAGGGUGGGGCUGAGGGUGGGGCUGAGGGUGGGGGUGGGAGGAUUUGCAGGGGUGGCUUAUGGAUAAAAAAAAAAGUGCAAAGUUGUACCAAUGAAGUGUGAAUACCGACCGACGUGAAUAUGAACUAUGGAUCUACUGGUGAAGGGUUGUAGAUUCAGAACAUGGCUCAGCUUGGCCACUGAGAGGUCCUGUAGAACUCGCUCCCCAGCAGCAGAUCAACGUCAGACGCAUGAACGACACUAAUGUCUGCAUCACUGAGACGCAUCGCAUCCAUCAAGCAGAAUCAUCGAGGAUCUUUAUGUUCUCUUUUUUUCUUUUUUUUUGUAAUUGAAUCUUCAGUUUUCAAAGCGGACUCCUGGAUUGAAAACAAGCUUACUUUUAUGUUGUAGCGUUCUGGAUUUCUACAUUUUUUUUCUCCUUCCUCAUACUGGCUUUCUUUCUGUCCGUCAGCGUGGUCUUUGUAGCAGUCACUGGCCUCAGGUACUGUGGAAGGCGGCGAGCGUCUGAUAUUAAGCUCUCUUAUUACUAUUAUUGCACUUUUGGAGAAAAUGAAAAAGUACAGUGAAAUUUUAGGUUUGAAAUUAACAAUUAAGAAAACACCUUAAUAAAGACUGAUCUAGAAAGUCAUUCGCAAGGCAUAUAUAUUUAUGUAUCUAUAGCUAUAGAUAUAUCCAUAUAUAUCUAUAUCUAUAUCUAACCCUGGAUAUAUAUAUCAGAUUUACGUACGUAUGGCCGCAAAUGUUGUGAAUUUACAUGGAACAGUAUAAUGUCGUUCGAUUUUUAUUUCCUACAUCCGGAAUAAUUUCCCAGGAAAUCAUAGUUUGUGCCUUUCCAAGUAAAAUGUUUAAAGCUCAAGUGUUUGUCCAGAAAUGCGAUUUUAUCUUCAUUCCCCAAACGUGUCUGUCCAUCGUGGUGCUACGAAGUGAAGCCGUGCCACACUUCCCCGGCACACCAGGGAGUCGUCCCCUCUGCCCACGGCCGAAGGGCCCCAUCGGGGGGCCCCACCCCCACCGAGGGCCGGACACAGGACGUUACCAGGGGCCAGUCCCUUCUGCCCCCACGAGGGCCAGACAGGGGAAGGGACCGGGCCAGAACCCUGCUGUGAGCAGCAGCUGGGUUUAAGAGGCACACACCGGCCAGACACUAACCAACGGCCAACUGCCUUUAUCUGACCGCUCUGCUGCCUCUCGUUUGACCCAUUCAGCAGAAGGGUUGCAUGGAAACACACCGUGAAGACUAAUGCCAACUGCACAGUUGCGUGUACGUACUGCGCUUGCGUGAGAUGCGAUAAGUCUCCUUAACACUGGGCGGCGCUAGUGUCGUGGCAGUAAUCCAAAACCGGAAAUGACGGAACGGAGCGCAGACGAUCAAAUAGAAAAAUAAAGCUCAGCUUGGGUCAUUAUUUGUUUGACCUGAGAAGACGUU